AUGUAAAAAAAACAUUGUGAUUUAAUACUUAAUGAGAAAGGAUCUCUAUGGUUAGGAAAUUGUGAAUCAGCACUUGAUGCAGUAUAAAUUUCUUUGAUUUUAGGAGUUCUUAAAAAGUAAAGGAAUAAGAACUGUGAUAACCGUAGCUGCAGGAUUAUAAUUAAAACUUAAUGGAUUAGUGCAUCAUAUAAUAGAGAUAUUUGAUAGUGAUACAGCAAAUAUUUCAUAACAUUUUUAAAUUGCAAAUGAAUGGAUAGAGAGAGGAUUUAAGAUAGGUGGUGUAUUAGGUAGUAGAUAUAUAUUUAAAGAAGCUAAGUUCAUUGUAUGGCAGGUAUCUCCCGUUCAGCAGCAAUUGUUAUUAGUUACUUAAUAGAAAAAAAGAAGAUGAAUUUUAAUUAAGCCUUAUCUUUUGUGAAAUCUAAAAGACCCUAAAUUAAUCCAAAUAAGGGUUUUAGUAAUUAAUUAUAAGCAUUUGUUGCAAAAGUCUAGGAACCUCCAUUAGCUAAAAACACAAGAGCCAAUAAUUUCUAACAAAAUCAAGAAUAUUAUGAUUGUAAUUAUUAUGCUCCAAUCAAUCGAAAGGGGUCAGCUGGAAUUUUACAAUAAAAUAUGAACUUUUAUAAAUCCAUAACUAAGUCAAUAUCAUAGAGUAGGAAUAAAAAUAAAUGA